GCGGAGUUGUUCGUAGAGUUGCAGAGCAACGACAAGUUAAGAACAGAGGAAGAGUUUGAGCAGCAAGUUGUUUCUGUUUGAGCAUUGAAGCGAGUGAUGGACCUACUAUCCGAGUAUGAGAUGAUGAAGAACGCAGAUAAGCAUGAAACUCCAGAAGGAUCAGAGAGGAUUUUAGAUCCACGACCUAUAAGUGAGAUCCCAGUGCUGCGCUCAAAUCCAAAAAAGAGAGUAAAAAAGACUUCCAAAGUUCCACAGAAGCAGAAGAAGAUGAAACCAAAAGCAAUUCCAAAAAAGGAAAAGGCUAAUAUGGACUUAAUAAAACAAAUUGAAGCUGAGAUAAAGAUGAGUGAUGAAGAAACAAGGGUUGCAGAAGUAAGGAAGGAUAGCACUAAGAAGACUGAGCAUGUUGGAGAACAAUCUGAGAAACAAGGGAGGGAUACUGAGCACCAAGGGAAAGAAACUGAGCACCAAGAGAGGGAAACUGAGGAGCAUGUGAAUGUUGAAGAAACAAGCAAAGGUGGCAGUAAGAUGACUGAGAAUGUUGUAGAAGAAUCUGAGCACCGAGGGAGUGAACCUGAGCAUCAAGGUAUUGAAACUGAGCAACAUGAUAAUGUUGAAGAAACAAGGAAUACUAGCAGUAAGACAACUGAGGAGGUUGGAGAAGAAUCUGAGCAACAGGGAAGGGAAAAUGAGCAACAAGGUAGGGAAAUUGAACAAAAUCAGAUUGUUAUAGAAGUACAACAAGGAGCUGCACAGAGAAAUAAUGAGAAGAAAAGAAAGAGAAAUAAUGCAGGCUCAAUUAAGAAAAGUACAGAACAAGGAAAUUCAAGCAAAGAGAAAGAGAGCGAGGAAGUUAGUCCAAAAAGAAGAACUACAAGAUCAACAACUUCAGAAGCAACUGAAAAGAAAAAUGAUGAAGUUCAGAAAAAGAAGAAAGAAGUUCAUGCAAAGAAGAAAAUAACAAGGGAAGCAGAUUCAAUAAAAGAGAAGAAGCAGAAGAUAAAGAAGAAGAAAGCAGAAGAAGAGGAAGAAUUUGAGGAGGACGAAGAGGAGAUAGAGAAGGAAGAGAAUGCAAAAUACCCAAAGCUGUGGACAAGAAUGUCUCCGAGUAGUAUAACAGAAAUAAUGAAAAAUCUAAG